AACCAGACGUUAACGAUAGAAGGACUGAUAUGAUAAGUAGUUAUGAUAAUAGAAUGGGUUAUGAAAACACAAUCUAUAAGUGAUAUCAGUGAAAAUUCAACUUCUAGCACGAAUGAAAAAAAGAAGCGAAUAUGUACGAUACUAACUAUGAACGAAAUAGUAAUUGUGAUGUGGAAACGUUAAAUUUUUAUAGUUCAGAUAUGUAUAAAAUAUUUUCAAAUAAAAAUAUCCAUAGAAGGAAAACAUUUUCGAUUGAUGAUAUAUUGGGACUGUCCACGGAUGUUCGGGCCAGUGACACUGAAAAUUUUGAAUUGUGCAGCAUUUCACAACAUGUGACUGAUAAUAGAACAACGAUGGAGCUUUAUCCAUCUAGUGUGACAAACUGUGACUUCAGCACAAUCAUCACAUCAGAUUUCUCCUAUCCUGAAUGGAUACAAAAAAAGAUGGGAACAGUUCGAAACGGUUGUAACAUUGAUUUUUCAAAGGAUUUAUAUCCAAAACUAAACAUCAAACGCCGGAAGCAAGGAACGGAUCGCAAGCCUCGUCAAGCUUAUAGUGCUAAACAAUUGGAAAGGUUAGAAGGCGAGUUUAAGCAAGAUAAAUACUUAUCGGUUAGUAAACGACUCGAGUUAUCAAAAUGUUUAAGUUUGACGGAAGUUCAAAUAAAAACGUGGUUCCAGAAUAGACGAACAAAGUGGAAAAAGCAGCUUACUUCAAGGUUGAAAAUAGCUCACCGCCAAAGUCUUUACACAAAUCACUUUCCCAACCCUAACAUUCCUUUUAUGCCUGUUGCUCAAAGUUAUGUACAAACGCCUAUUAUAAAUGUGGAACCGUAAAUUUAAAAAAAACAGGAAAGUGAAAGUGGAGAAUAAAACCGAAUAAUAGAUUGUCUACAUGUGAUUCUUUUGUUUAUUAAAUCUCUCUCUGUAAGAACCGUUUACUAGCGAAGUAUAACGACUAUAGACCUUAUUUCCCGAAUGAUUUUUUUAAUCCAGUGCUUCACUUCCUGUGUCAGGCAAGAAAAAACAAAGGGCACCACUCACUGUAAAUAAAAAUCAAAAUUAUAGGAUAUAUUAAUGCUGAUAAUAAAACUCAAUUUUACCGAACAACAUAACCGAGAAUAAUACGAUAGGUACUACACAAUUUAAAUCGAUCAGAUAACCGAAGAGUAGAUUGCCAACCAAAGCUCCACCUCGUCCAAAUGUUAGAGAUAAUGCAGCAGCCAUAACCCUGUAAAAGAUAUAAUAAAGAAUAAAGCGAAGAAGAUUUAGAUUCAGUUUACCUUAGAUUGGUUGGGAAUAGAUCUACCAUGACACAAUACACAGUACUUAUGGCCAUAGAUGUUAAGGCUUCGAACACGCAUGAUAAGAUCAAAUUCUGUUUUGAAUUUAUAACAAAAUAGAGUCCUACAGUGACGGCGCCAGCCAAUAAAAGGCUGAAUACUA